AUGGGAAAAGAGAAAUUCCACAAAUCUCAACAUUGGGGCUUUUGCAAAAAUGUUAGGAUGCUGGUGAGUGAAGAUAAACCAGGAAUAGGUGGAGAACUGCUUCUCGGACAAAAGGUAAACCCAAAACAUAGUGUAUUUCCUAAAGGAAUGGGAACUGCUUCACCAUCCUGGGUGGCUUUUGAUAAACAGGUAUUAUGUUUUGAUGCCUAUUUAGAAGAUGAAGUGCCUGAUAAAAUUCAGGAAAACUAUAGAAUAAGAUGCUAUGAAAUCUACUUCUACCUUGAAGAUGACACAAUUCAAGUAAAUGAACCAGCAUUGAAAAAUAGCGGACUGCCUCAAGGAAUUGUUAUCCGGUGUCAUCGGAUUUCUCUCCCGCCUCCUGAUGAGGGUCAGUUUUAUACUGUGCAUCAUUUUAACAUCAACAUAGACAUUGUCUUUUAUGGUCGGACAUUCAAGAUUUAUGACUGUGAUACAUUCACAAAAAACUUAUUGAAGAAAAUAGGAGUCAGAUUAAACCCCUCGGGACAGUGUCCAGAAGAUCCUUACCUGAAGACACGGAGAGAGAAGCUAGACUGCAUGGAACCCUUCGACACUCUGAAACAGUUCCUUGAGUGUGAUAGGAAGGUUUUGCGUUUCUUCUGCCUGUGGGACGACUCAGGCUCAGUGUUUGGGGACCAUAGAGAACUCAUCCUGCAUUACUUUCUGUCUGAUGAUACUAUCGAAAUCCAAAGAGUAUUGCCACAUAACUCAGGAAGAGAUGCUACGUCAUCGUUCCUCCAGAGGAGGAAGCUGCCUAAGUAUGGCCCCCCUGGAGUCUAUCAACCAGGCCAGAUAACAGACCGGACAGUUCUCAAUGGAGAUGGUGGCUUGUCAGAGAACCGAGUGUAUGGCUGCCUGUUGGAUAAAUACAAGCUAGGAAAAGUAGACCAAGAGUUUUACAAAGAGAGUGACCUGUCCAUAGGAACCACCAUCAAUGUGUGGGGAAGGAAAGUGCUCCUUUGUGACUGUGAUGAAUUCAUGAAGACUUAUUGUAAGACUAAAUAUGGAAUUGAGAACUUUACCUCGAUUUCAUGCAAGGCCCCACCUCCUCCAAAUAUAGAAAGGAAAUUUCCACGUUACGCCGGCUUUGGUUCUGAAGAGGAUUCUCUCUGCUCCUGCAUAGGCCUCGUGCCCACACCUCAUCAGAGGAACUUCAAGAAGUUCAUGGAAAAUGACAGAGCUCAAAAACCAAAUAAUGCCCAGAAAAGAGCAGAGGAAACGGUGAGAAUUGUGGAAAGGUAUACUGGUGGGAUGCUCUUAAAAAGAAUUUGUGUUAAGAAGCCUGGACAAGAAGUCUUUAAAAGUAAACUCUCAGAAUAUAUCAAGGCUGAGGAGCUGUAUGUUGGAGCCAAAGUGAACGUGAAUGGCUACCUAUUUCUUUUGGUCAGUGCUGAUGUGUAUACCUUAAACUACAUGGAGAGGAAUUCAGAUAAAUUUCCUAUGAGCAACAUUGAACUUGCCCUACAAAAGAUAAAACAAGAAGAAUCAAAAUCCAGAGAGCUCAAGCAGGUGUUUACAGCUGCUGAUUGCAUGCACACGAAGAUGGUGGAUUAUAAUACUUUCAGGGACAUCUUAUUAUCAUUGUCUGUCGGGAAACUCAUAGACUAAGAAGUUAUAACCAUUGCACGUCACUACCGGGUGCCUGAGGACCCCCGUCCAGAUACGAAUGUCCUCAUUGCACAGGCCCAUGAACAGCUCAAGAAAAAUACUUCUGAGAAUUUUGAAAGACUCAUUGCUACCUGUGUAUACCAAGAUCGGGAAAAGGAAAAAUUAUUACCCAGCAAAGACAUCAAAAGGCUGUGCAGGUCCUCCAGAUUACCUUUGAAUGAUGAUCUUCUGGGAUCCUUACUCUCCAGGUUUGAAGACAGUGAAAAACAAAUAAAUUACGAGUCAUUUUUCUGUGCCCUGAACUGGAGAGUGAAUCCGAUGCCCGAAUUGGAAGCAGAGGCAUUCUUGAAAGAGAAAUGUGAAGAUGAGUGGCUUGGGAUGCCAUCACCUAUUCCUGUGAAACGCAUUUACUAUUUAAACCUUUUAAAGGAUGUGUUUGGCUUGGAGGAUGAGUAA